AAGCAAUGGGAAUAAAGUUAUACCUUUUAUAAAUGGUACGCCUUUUUCAGCUCCGAGUUUGACCUCCGUAUGAGAGAAACGGAGCAUGUAACAUGGUUUGCCAGCAGUAGCCUGUAAUACUAGCCACAAAAAUCAUCAGAGAAGGGAGAAGCAAGCCAAGCUUUUUUUUUUCCAUAACUGAUAGUUCAAGUGCUGUCGAUUUGUGCUAAGAAGGCUGAUAAAUUUGGACACUCGGACAUACCCUUAAAAUUGCACUAAUGACUGUUAAAAAUUUAUAUUCAUCCAGUUCAUGUAAUCCUAUGUCAGGUUCCCAGCUGCUGUGUGAGCUGUGUUGCAUUUUUAACUCAAAUGAUGCAGUGGUAGUUUUAUGAGAUGGAAUAACCUUCCUGUCUGAGGGCUGUGAGACAAGGUCUGUUCUGAAACCUGACGUAGGGCUUUAGGAACACAAUAUUGUAGCGUUCUGUUUAAUUUUCAGUUGCAGCUAAUUUUGUUUACAAGCAAAAGGUGUUGCCAUCCUUCACAGUACCACUAAUGUGAGGUACCAGAAUUGCAGCCUUCAUUUAAACCAAAUAGUAUUUCAGCUUUCUGACUGUAGAAAAUCUGACUUCUAAACAGUCAACUCGAUUUGAAAAAAAAUACUUUUUUGAUGGAACUUUUAAAAAAUGUCACUCGUACAUAGAGUUAUUGCACCCACUUGUGGAAGAGAUCAAGAUUACAGAAGCUAAGCUAGAUGAGUCUUCCUCUUAUUUUUGCCUAUUUUAGAUUUUAGUGAUAAUUCAAGCCACUGAAGCUGUAUAAUUUUUUGUUAUUUUGAGUUGCAAGCCACCCUUCAAUCUCUGUGCUGCAGAAGAGAGGAAGCUGUGUUGUAAACAGCUUCUGCCAUGAGAUGAGGUUCUAGUAACUGAGAUAGGUGAGCAUUAAUACUGUUGUCCAAACCAUUACUGUAGCUGCUUGUGGGAUUUAGGGUACCACUGUAGUAAUCCAAGUUUGAGGAAGAUAUGCUGAUACUUGCAAGCUUAUGUAGAAGGGUUAGCAUGAUCAGUGGAACAGGAUUUCCUGUGCAGGGAGACUAAAAGAGCAAGACUUACUCAGCCCAAUCAAAAAAAAAAAAGAAAGUUUCACAAGGAUACGGGUCGCUAACUACUCUCUUGAUAGGUUUGUAUUGUGAGUCAAAAAGGCUUGAAUUCUUUCCAGAAGCAGGAGGUGAAUUUGUUGUAGCUAGGUAUGUGAGGGUUUUAUAUUUUUAAAGCUGGAUAGUUCAGGCAUCACACAGAGCCUCCCUUGACUGUUUCCUCUGGACGACCAGGAACUUCUUGGAACUGCCCUGCUGGGCUGCGCUUCUUUUCCAUAAGUUUCGUGGAAAGCUUGAUCUUGCAUUUUGGGGUCACAGCAAGAGACCAUGGCCAUUGUCCAGCUACAGCUCUUAAAUCCUAAGUGAAGAGAGUUUGAGACAUUGCUGGCUCAAGAACAAAUGGGUAACAGCUGACUGAACUAAAGUGGGAUAGAAAUUGGAAGAUAAGCAAGUGAGGUUCUAGAACAGUUUUUCAUACAAAUACUAGUAAGGUAGAUAGUAAACCUAUAUAGCUUUAAGAUGGAACUUAAUUGCUGUAAGAAAGGAUUAUAGAACAUAUUUUUGAAAGAACAGAAUUGGGUUUGAUAGGUCAGGGUUCCUUUUCAGGACUUAUGUUACAUAAAAACAAUUUGAACGUUUGACCACUAUGACCUACUUCAUCCAAGAUGACUGCCUUGAGACUUAAGAAAGAGCCCCCCGUGUACAUAAUGAGGAAAUGGGUUUACGUAUGAUAGUUUUAAUUCUGCUGAUAACCAGAAAUAUUUUGUACUACCUAUUCCUUUUAGCUACUUUGUGGAAUUAAAUGCAAAUCUAGCAUGUGAGAAAGCAGAUUGUUGCUACAUGCUCUUAAAUGUUUCACAAAUGUGUAGUAGAUGUUAUCAUAAAAGGAUAAAGGUGAAGUAAAAAAUGAAAGUGCUAAAAUUGGGUAGAGGUGGUGAUCACUCACUUCUGGUAGUGUUCAUUGCUAGAGACCUCACAGAGCCUUACUGAACCCUAGCUGAAGUUAAUGAGAAGGUUCCUGUUGAGUUUAUGGAAAGUUUAUGACCUUUGACGCUAAGAGUGAUAGAGAUCCUUGAGUUUAUCUUGUCUCUCCUGGUGUUUAAACUGGUUUGCUUCUUUGCACUGUCUUUUUGCUUAUGAUUCAUGCUGACUUUCAGGACUUCGGUAUUGCAACUUGGGUUCGGAGAUGAGCUUCCUUGGAAUAAGGGUUUCUGUGCUGAAAGCACCCGUAGCUCUGCAGCGAGACAGGGGACUAAUGGUGAACCUCUAAUGCAUCGUGUUUUUCUGCUGCCUGCUGUGCCUUUCAGCUAGAACUGGAUUGAGAGAGUGAGUGGACAAUCUUACCUUCCUAGGGACAGUUAGGAUGCAGGCAGAGGCCUUGAGCUGCAGGUGCAGAGCCGUGUUUUGGGCAUAUGUUCAACUGCCUUUUGCACCGUGUUAGCCACAUCAUUCCCAGUAAAAGAGACUGAUGUGCUUCGGCCACGCUAACUCUGCAUGCCACCUAGACUUGCAACAUGCUUUCUGACUUUGUAUUUUGGGGGAAGGAUUGAGUCAUUUACGUGUUUAUUUGUGGUGUGUGUAAGGGGGAAGCAGGUUCUAGUUCUGAUUCUUUCUCAAUAGCAGACAAUUUUUACUGCUUAGACCUCUUGGUAUAAGGUUUUUUUCCAUUUUCACAGUGGAGUGCGUAGUCCUGUUGUGGUAAUGCGGUGUUGACAGAGCACUUCACCCAGAUCAGGAUGAAACAAUUUGUCUGAAAUGGAUCAAUUUUGUCCCUGCGUGUGUCUGACCUUUGAAUAGUUAAGGAGGGUGUCUUCAGCCAGCGUAGUUACUCGGCAGCUGAUAGGACUAUUACAAAUAAGUCAGUCAGGGAUUCGACCCAAACUUCCGCUUCUCCUUUGAAUUAUUUGGCUCUGAAACCAUCAGGUGGAGCUGAAAAUGUGAACUGCACGUGCCAUUACAUGUCCCUAACUUUCUGCAGCAAGUUUUAUUUGUUGAUUUAGAAUGCAGAAGGGAACCUUUUAACUUUACUCUGAGAGCAAAUAUUGACUUUGUUUCAUAGUAAUCUGGACUUUGCACAGGAGGGGAAAAGCCUGACGUUCCUGAAAAUGGCAGCUGAGACAUCCAGAGAAGUUCCAAAAACUGCUAGACAGUUCGUCCUUAAAGAAGAGGUAAUUGUAGAAAGAAAAUGGUUGAAGCUUGAAGAAACAACUUACACUGAUCCCUUUGGUAAAACCAGAACUUGGGAAACAGUAAAGCGUACUGGCAACAAAAAGGGCAUUUCAGCUGAUGGUGUAGCAGUGAUAGCUGUACUACAGAGAACUCUCCACUACGACUGCAUUGUCCUAGUGAAACAGUUCAGGCCCCCAAUUAACGGCUAUUGCUUGGAAUUUCCUGCAGGCCUUAUUGAGGAAAAUGAGACUGCAGAAAGUGCGGCAUUGCGAGAGUUGGAGGAAGAAACUGGGUACAAGGGGGAAGUCGUUGAAUGUACUCCAGCUCUCUGCUUGGACCCAGGUCUGUCAAACAGCACGACACACAUUGUGAGCGUCACCAUUAAUGGAGAUGAGGCUGAGAAUACAAGACCUAAGCAAAAACUUGAUGAUGGAGAAUUCAUGGAAGUUAUUUCACUUCCAAAGAACGACCUACUGCAAAGAAUUGAUGACCUCCAUAGCAGAAGAACAUAUUGCAGUGGAUGCCAGGGUUUAUACUUACGCGUUGGCCCUGAAGCGUGCAGCAGAAAAACCGCUCCAAGUUCCUUUUAUGAAGUUCUAAAACUCGACGAUGAGAAAUUUAGCUGAAACCUGCCCGGUUCAGAUGGCUUACAAGUAUGACUCUUCCUGUAAUAAAGGUCCUUUGCUUUACUUGUAGAGCAAAAAAAAGUAUUUUUCGGAAUGAUUACGAUAUUUUUAUCUGGAAUUAUGUAACUGACAGAGUGCAUUUCUUCUAACUGCUCAGUCCAUCAAGCCUUGACAGAAUAAUCGUAAUAAAAAUGCUGUUUAAUUUUCAGCACGGCUCGCUGCUUGCUGUGUUCAUCACUGCACUUAGGUUUCAGUGUAAGGAAGAUGCUGUAACUAGAGGUGGUGGUGUAGCGCCACCUGUUCGA